UAGAAUCUCUCUCUCAGAAUUCAAUUGUGAUUGCAUAAUAUGGCUGAUACCGGCCUCAUCCUCAUCACUCCUCUUAUGCCUGAGGCACUUUCCAAAGCAACUUCAAUUGCUGCACAGGUCAGCUUUGCCCCUGUUCUGCAGAAGCAGUUGGCAGGUCUUGCUCAGUCGCUAACUGAAAUUCAAGAUGUUGCACGAGGCGCCGAGCAGAGGCAAGAAAGUGAUGCGGCCAUCAGCUUUUGGUUGCAGAAGCUCAACGAUGCUGUUUAUGAUGCGGUGGAUUUGCUUGAUGAGUGUGAUUAUGGUAUGCGUGUUCCUCAGAAGGAAGUUGAGACUUCAAUCCAGCGGCAGAAACAGGUGCACGCCUUCUUUUCUAUGGCUAAAAAAUUUAAGAUGAUUAAUGAAUCUUUAGCUGAAAUCAGAAAGGUGGUACCGUUUAUUAAUCUGAUUAUCCAACUUGGGGAGCAAAACAGUGCAACUGCUAGGCCAUAUUACGAGAUGGUCCAACUUCUUGAUUCUUCAGAAGUUGUUGGAAGGGAGGAUGAUGUCUCAAUUAUUGUCAACUUGCUGAAAUACCGUAAGACUCGAUAUCCAAUCUCUGGCAUUUCAAUAGUAGGUAUGCCAGGAGUUGGAAAGACAACAGUAGCAAGAUCAGUUUUUAGGAAGGCAAAGGAAGAAAGACUCUAUGAUGUAGUAGCUUGGGUGUGUGUAUCUGAGGAUUUUAAUCAUCAAAGAAUUUUGGGUGAGAUGUUAGAAUAUUUUCAUGUCCAUCCAAAUAAAAAUAAUACAACUGCUGCACUGCUUCAUGAUCUAGGCCACCAACUAGAAAACAAAACUUUUCUUCUCAUUCUUGAUGAUGUGCGGGAAAGAGAUUCUCACAACUGGAGUGAUUUUGCCUCUAGUUUUUCACAAAUUGUGAAAACCAAUGGGAACGCUAUUGCCCUAACAACCCGUUGUGAAAGUGUAGCAUCUGUGCGGGGGGAACAGUUUCGUAUUCGUAGGUAUGAUUUGCAGAGUCUAUCAGAUGAUAAAUGUUUGGAGAUAAUUGAGAAGUUAGUUCUCAGAUCAUCUGCAAAUGCUUUGAUACCUUCAGAGCAUUCUUUGCCAUUGGUUGCAAAACAAUGUGGUGGCUUGCCAUUGGUUGCGUCUGCCAUCGGAGGAACAUGGAGCAAUCAAUUUGAGUGUAGAAACAAUACAGUUUUAUCUGUAUUAAAAAUGAGAUUCUUCGAUUAUGAUGCUCGAAGGUUGAAGAAGUUCAUCUCUGAUCUGCCAAAUAAUUUCAAAACUACUACAAUCUCUGUUGUCAUAACAACUAGUAACAAAGAGGUAGCUUCAAUAAUGGGCACAAUUCCUUUGCAUGAGCAUGAAUUGCAAAAGCUAGCAGACGAUGACUGCUGGUUGAUAAUGGAGGAGAAUGUUCUCAGAUCGUCCAAGAGAACUUCAAUAAAAGAUCCACAGUUGUUGUCUAUUGGAAAAGAUAUUGCAAAACAGUGUGGAGGUUUGCCAUUAGUUGCAGCUGUCAUUGGCAAACACUUGGGCGAAUGCUUGGGCGAACGCAUGGGCGAACGCUUGGGCGAUCCUAUUGGGGUAAAUGAGUGGUCAGCUAUCAGAGAUAAUAAAGCAUGGGAUGCACCACAUAGACAGGAGAUUCUGUCUCAACUGAAAAAAAGUUAUGAUCACUUGCCUCUACAUUUGAAAAAAUGCUUUUCCUUCUGUUCAAUUUUUCCAAAAGAAAAAAUUGUUAAAAUUAGUAGAGAUGAAUUAGUUCAGUGUUGGAUGGCUAAUGGGUUUCUUUCCCAAUCUAAUGGCAGCAAAUCAGAUGAAGAUGUUGGUAACAUGUACUUCGAUGAUUUGGUAUCCAAUUACUUAUUGCAAGACCUGGAUAUGGAUGAGUGUGGGAAUAUAAAGUUUUGCAAGAUGCAUGAUGAGGUGCAUAAUCUUUCAUUGCUCUCAGCAAAAUAUGAAACAUGUAUUUGGCCGGAUACCCCUCAAAUUGAGGAGAGUGUUCGGCAUUUGAGGGUUAAGUCUAAUGGAAACCCUCAAACUGUUCCAGAAGAUGUUCCUCAAAGGUUGCACUCUUUGUUCUUGGAUGUUGAUGUUUUGCACCUGAUGCCUAAGAAGUCCAGAAGUUUGCAAUCUUUAAAGCUAGCAGCUGCUGAUGCAAAUGAGUUGGAAUCUUCUCUUGGCAGAUUGAAAUAUUACAUGAAAUACCUUGACAUAUCAGAAAGUGUAAUUGAAAGGCUACCAAAAUCUGUCUCCAAGCUCUACAAUUUGCAGACUUUAAGAUUCACAGGCUGCAAUUCAUUGGAAAAGCUCCCGAGUGGUAUUGAAAAUCUAGUCAGCUUGAGGCAUAUUUAUUUUGAUGAUGAAAGGCAUGUGCCAAGUAGCAUUGGAAAAUUAACUUCUCUUCAGACUUUACCACUAUUUGUUGUGGGCACAGAAAAUGGUCGGAGAGUUGGAGAGCUUAAAUAUUUGAACCAGCUCAGAGGAAAACUGAAACUUUGCAAGCUUGAGCUAGUAUCUCAACCAGAAGCUAGUGAAGCAAAACUUGAAGAGAAAGGAGAAUUGAUCGAGUUGCAAUUUGUAUGGAAUAAAAACAGAGCCAACACUAACCAAGAUAUGGGUGUUCUGGAAGGUCUUAGACCUCACUCAAAUUUGAAAAGCUUAACCAUUGAGAAUUAUAGGGGAGGCAACUGCCCUUCAUGGAUGAUGAAGGAUGUCAGUGGUUCACAUGCUUCCUUUCAACUUAACAGACUUGUGAAGUUGGAAUUGAUUGAUUGUGAUGAAUGUGGUGAUAUUUCGUGCCUUGAACUCAUACCUGAGCUUAAGGUUCUCAAUCUAAAGGCAAUGCCAAAUGUGAAGAGGAUAGGCAGAAUGGCUUAUCAUCAAAGUAGCAGCACGGAAAGCAGCAGCAUGGCAAGCAGCAGCCAAGGCGGGGGACAAUCAAUAAAACCAUUUCCAGCUUUGAAAAAACUUGAGUUAAGGAACAUGACACAGCUGGAGGAAUGGACAGGGGCACAAGGCAUGGUCGUGUUUCCUUGCCUUGAGGAGUUGCAUAUUCAGCGUUGCCCCGAGCUCAAAAAAUGGUGGGCAAGCAGCAGCCAAGGUGAAGGAGAGUCAAUCCUACCAUUUCCAGCUUUGAGAAAACUUACUUUUAGCAACAUGACAAAGCUAGAGAAAUGGACAGAAGCACGAGGCAUGGUUGUGUUUGAUUGCCUUGAGGAGUUGCAUAUUCUGGAUUGUCCAGAGCUGAAAGCAUGGUGGGAAGAUGGAUCUGCAUCUCCGAGUCUCUCUAUACUGGGCAUACAAUCAUGUAGGGUUGUCAAACUUAACAUCUCUUGAUGUAAACAAUUGUCCCAAAUUAAUGGAGUAUGCUCAAGCAGACAGCGACAAAUGGUCAACCAUUUGCCACACUCGUGAGAUCAGAAUCAAUGGGCAGAAGGUGCGAUCCCGAAGAUCUUGAUUUUUCAAAGUGCUCUUUUCGAGACAACGAUGGAUAAGGAAGAUUCAGAUUGAGGAUUGAAGAAAGGAAUAUAUGCCAUACGAACUUUAUUUUACUGAGACAAAGAAGAAAAGAAGUCUCUUCCUAUCAACUUCUGCUUCUCACUGGCCUUAGGAACUGUCAAAAUAUUCAAUUUUGAUGGAAUGGAAGGUGCAUGUCGUCCCUAAUUGAAGCAUCAAGGCAAGAACUAACUGAUGAUGGAGAUCUGUUCUAGCAUCUGCUUGUAGAAGUAAAAUCAAAUAUAUAUGUAUAUCCAAGCAAAAUGUUCCCCCCCUGCAAUUCUAUGAUUUUAUCAAAUGCCGCUCGGAGUUCAUCAAUAAAACUGGUCAUCUUGAUACCUCUCUAAAGGGACUUUUGCAAAAAGCAUCGAGUGAUAUUGAAGCCCUGGUAAUGGUAGAAUUCAUUUUGAAGAUUUUAUUAUUGUUGCAACUCUCUAGUUCCAUAUGGGGAAGAAACUUUGUAGGAUUGUUAUUUCCAAAGCGUAAGUUGCCAUAUGGAUUUCCACGUAAAAGGAUUUCAUUGUGUGGCCGAAGGCUGACGUUCAUAGGAGAUUUAGUGCGAUCUGGAAGUUUGGAAAUUCUUUUUGUUUUUUUUUUAACGGAAUACUGAAUCUUCAUUAACAAAUUUCAAGAAAUACAAGUCUGAUAA